AUAAUUUGGUAGUGCAGCAUUCAAUACUGCCACCGGUUAGAGUUCAUAUUAUUCUAAUUAAUUUGUUUAUUUCUUUGUUUUUCAUUUCAACAGUUAAACGCAUCGACUGUUAGACGUUCCAAGAAUCGUCAGUCGUACCGGAACCGGAAGUAAUGGGAACGUAAGCUUUUAUAGCACUGAAAUGUAACAAGAGACUGCAGUAGGCUAUAGAAGACGUUCAUGGUACUUUAGUCACCAGGCUGUAAAUGUGAAGAGAAACUCUGAGAAGAGACGUUGAGUAAAGCCUUUUCAAGUUACAGAUGCCAUGGAGUCAAGAAAAUCUCUAAUCAAGGAAGAGGACUGUGAAUUGGAGUCUCGUCAUGCUACCCAAACGGCAGGCCACAUCAAGCAGGAGGAUUGUGAACGGGGUCCAGUUACCGUGAAGGAGAACAGUUUUGAGUGGGGAAACGUCGCCAUUAAAACGGAGCCGCCUGAACAAGUAUGUAUCAACUUUCAGAUGGAAAGUAAUGCCAUUUUAGACACUUUCAGAGAAGACGCAUCAUCAGAAAGUGAUGCCACAUUUAGCGCCAGGCUGACAGUCAAGCAAGAAAUGGCUGAUGGCGGGUGCAGUGAGAUAAGAGAAGGCUCUGCUCAGCUGUUUUCUGUCCAAGUGAAGUCUGAAAUGCUGAAAUCUGAUGGCAUCAUAACUGAAGAUACCUACAGCAUCAGAGACAAACGAGAACAACCAGUGUUUGCUAGCUCGCAUGAAAACAGCAGCGGCUCCCUGUCAUCACAGACUCUGGCCAGUCAUCGUCUUGGAAAUAUUAAUAAAGAAAAGUGUGCAUCAGAAAUGAGAAAUUUAGCCAGUUGGCAGCACAAUAAAAUAUGUUCUAGUAUUGAUAGUAUUGAAAAGCUGAAGAGCACAUUGAUGGGAUUCCAAAACAGAAGCAGUCUUUGUGGCCUUAUGAGAACUGAGACUGGAGAGAAGCCAUACUGCUGUUCUGAGUGUGGCAAACGAUUCUCACAAAUGAGCAAUCUUCAUACACACAAGAGAAUUCAUACUGGAGAAAAGCCUCAUUGCUGUUCGGAAUGUGGUAAGCAAUUCUCACGCUCAACUAGUCUUAAAACACAUUUGAGAAUUCACACUGGAGAGAAACCACACAGCUGCUCUGAAUGUGGGAAGCAAUUCUCACAAGUAAGCAGUCUUCAAACUCACCGGAGAAUUCACACUGGAGAGAAGCCACAUUGCUGUUUGGACUGUGGUAAACAGUUUUCAUGUAUAAGUAAUCUUCAGAGUCAUAGAAGAAUCCAUACUGGUGAGAAAUCGCAUUGCUGUUCCGAAUGUGGUCGACUGUUUUCUGAAAUAAGCAACCUUCAGGUACAUAUGAGAAUCCACACUGGAGAGAAGCCACAUAGCUGUUCAGAAUGUGGUAAGCGAUUCUCAAAAAUAAAUAAUCUUAAAAGACAUAAAAUAAUUCAUACAGGUGAGAAACCCUACUCCUGUUCAGACUGCAACAAACAUUUCUCGCGCCGGAAUAAUCUUCAGAUCCACAUGAAAAUUCAUACUUGAGAGAAGUGCAGAUAAGACGGUAUUGAGAAAUGAUUAUAUGUCUUGUUGUAUAACCUGUUGUGUACUGUGUAUUAAUGACCAAGAAAUUUUAACACAAAACAAAUGUCUAUUUUUAUAUCACAUGGGACAGACCCAUCCAUGCAGCUACCUGUAAACCGGAUAUCAAGGAAUUCCAUUAAAUGCAGUCUGAAAUUAGCAGCAUCUAGAAAAA